UCCUCAUCCAAAUAGCCUCUCCUUCAAAGCCACCGUUCUCUCUCUCUCCCCUCCCCCAUAAUCUCAACGACAACACUCACCAUCUUGAAGCUCAUAUCUGAAAGGCAUCAUGGCGAUUUCUGCAUUACCUUCGAGCCAGUGCUGCUCUUCCUCCUCUGGUUUCGCUCCUUCGAUUAGAUAUCUCAUCAGUAGCAGAGCCACCAAUCUGAACACCAGCUCUUUGUCUUCUUCUAUGCUGCCAUGGAAGAUUUCAUCAAUGGCCCAUCCCAAGGAGCUCUCACUUUCCUUCAACUGCCCACAACCAUCACCGCUCAAAGGUGGAGGAAGAAGGGUAGUCUGCAUGGCUUCCUGGGACGGGUCCCUCUCCACCGUUCGUCUUAUCAUUCAAGGAAAGAACCUAGAUUUGUCGGAUUCUGUGAAGGAAUAUAUAGAGGAGAAGGUGGGAAAGGCCGUACAGAAACACAGCCAUCUUGUUAGAGAAGUCGACGUCCGGCUGUCUCUUCGGGGUGGCGAAUUCGGAAGAGGCCCUAAAGUUCGGAGAUGCGAGGUGACUCUGUUCACCAAAAAACACGGAGUGGUUCGAGCUGAAGAAGACGCAGAAUCGUUAUAUGGGAGCAUAGAUUUAGUUUCUGCAAUUAUACAGAGGAAGCUGAGGAAGAUCAAGGAAAAGGAUUCUGAUCAUGGGCGACACAUGAAAGGGUUCAACCGCCUUAAGGUUCGGGAGCCCGAGCCAGAAAUGGUUGCUGAUGAUUUGCAACCCAUUCCUGCUGAGGAGGAGACCGAAGAUAUAAUAGAGAAGGUUGUACGAACUAAAUAUUUUGACAUGCCUCCAUUGACUGUUGAUGAAGCCGUACAGCAAUUGGAGAACAUAGAUCAUGACUUCUAUGCAUUCCGCAAUGAGGAGAGUGGAGACAUAAAUAUUGUCUACAAAAGAAAAGAAGGAGGCUAUGGCUUAAUCUUGCCAAAAGGCAAUGGCAAACAUGAGAAAUUGACUGCACCAACGGCAACGGAAAAAGUGAACGAGACCGUUGCUUUAGAAUGAGAGGCAGGCCAAGUAGGUUUUUUUCGUAUUUUUUUCCCGUCUAGAGCAGUUGGCCUGCCUCUGUUGUAAACCUCUGGCUGCCAAUUUUUCUGUCAAGAAUUUGCCCUGUACUUUUUUUUUUCUUCUGUCAAGAAAACAGACGUUUCCCCUAAUGCAAUGCUGGCUGUUUUCUUCC